AUGCCGUCUCAAUCAUCUCAAAGCUUAAACGUCAUCGCCCUAAUCUCAGGCGGCAAAGACUCCCUCUACUCCAUCCUGCACUGCAUCCGCAACGGCCACAAAGUUGUCGCAUUAGCAAAUUUACAUCCAGAAUUAAGGCAAAACACCCAAUCAGCCGAAAAUGAUGACGAAGAAGCCGACAUAGACAGUUUCAUGUACCAAACAAUCGGUCACAGCGUAAUCCCUCUAUAUGAAUCCGCGCUUGGCAUCCCACUUUACCGUGCUGCCAUCACUGGCGGGGCAGUCGAUACCUCCAGAGUGUACCGACACGAUACCGCAGACCAAGCUGCUGAGAGUGGAUCCAGUGCAGCUGAAACUACAACAGACGAGACCGAAUCUCUCGUUCCACUCUUGCGUCGGGUGAUGGAAGCUCAUCCCGAAGCAAAUGCUGUUUCGGCUGGUGCUAUCUUGUCUACGUAUCAGCGGACAAGAAUCGAGAAUAUUGCUGGUAGAUUGGGUCUUGUUCCGCUCGCUUGGUUGUGGAAGUAUCCCUCGCUCCCGGCGCCGGUUGAGCGCGAUGCUGAUCCCCUCGCUGUUAGUGAGGCGGGCUUACUUGAGGAUAUGGCGGCGGUGGGGUGCGAUGCUAGGAUGAUUAAGGUUGCGUCGGGUGGAUUGGACGAUGGGUAUCUGUGGGAAAAUGUUUCUGGAUCUGGGAACCCAGGGCGCGUAUUGCGGAGACGAAUGACAAGGGGGAUGGGGAGGUUUGCGGCGGCGGAGGAUAUUAAGGGAGCGGUUUUGGGUGAGGGGAGGAUUGAAAUCGAGGGACGGAACGUUGGGAGUGGAGAGGGGGGUGUUGGUUAUUUGAAGUUGAAGGGGGCGAAAUGCGUCCCAAAGUUGGCGGAGGAGGGAGAGAAGAAACUUGAGCCCAAGGAUGUGAGAAGGCCGGCUUUUUUGGAUGCACAAUUUACGGCUGCGUUGAAGGAUGUCUCUGUUGCAUUGACUGAGCCGGAGUUAGCGGACACAGAUUUGAUGUUUAGCAAGAAUACGGCUUCAGCGCCUGCUUGGUCUGUCUGCGAGCCAACUUAUUAUCGAUCUGCAUCGACAUGGACGAUGGCGAACUUGAUGGCCCCAGAGGCUGGCCCUGAUGCUGGUGAGCAGAUGAAUGCAAUUGUCGACAAAGUGCAGCUUGCGAUGAAGUCUUUUACUGCUGAUUCGGGAACGCGCUCGACAGAAGACAUCGUCUUUGCUACAGUGUUGCUGCGCUCAAUGGCAGACUUCGCCCUGAUGAAUAAUGUUUACGUCUCGCUAUUCAAGAAACCCAAUCCCCCUGCCCGAGUCACCGUCGCAUGUGGUGAUUCACUUCCGUCCAAUGUGAAGGUGAUGGUUUCCUUCGUGGUGAACUUGGGAUCGCGCAAUCGGCGCCAGGGCCUCCACGUUCAAUCGCGAUUCCCCCUUGAACCGGCUUCUAUGGAGGUGGCCACCGAAGGAAAGUCGUGGCUCGAGGAUUACCGUCUACGGGCCGUACUGGCUCUCCAACACCUGUGGCGAAUUGGUGAAGAAUUGGAAGUGGACUGGUGGUUAGGAGCCGUUGCAUUUUUGACGGGUGGGGAGCACAUUCAGACCCAAGCCCAGGUGGCGUGGCAUCUUUGGAAGAAGAUGCAUACACGGCCUGAUGAUGCCGAGGAUGACGACUCAGAUGAGGGCCCACAGCUUGAUGCGUGGGACAUAAAGUAUGGAGGCCGGGCGGAUGAGCUCGUCCCUGAAGCUGUUUCUGCCACUUUGCCCAAAUUCUCUGUUCUUGACGAAGACACUCCUACUAUCUCGCCAUUCCUUGCCGUCGAAGUUGAUGAGCUUCCUCGAGGCAGUGAUAUCGAAUGGCAGGGCCUGGGUAGCCGCUGUCAAAAAGCUCAACUGGAGAGCAACCAGGACUCGACCUCUGCGACUAUCGAUGGCAGAUACAGCUAUAUUUGCCAAGAGUAUAUCAACGACGAAUCCUUGGGCUCCUUGGAAGACAGAGUGCGCUCAGCUAUAAGCACACACUGUCAGACACAAGGUAUCUCCCAGGCGAUUCUUUACACCAGAGAACCUGUGGCUGAGGAUCUCUGGCCAGGCCAGGUAGUGCCAUGCCGGUCCAUUUGGGGUCGGGAAGGGCAACCAUUAAAAGCUGCAGUGGUUAUACAGAACGAGCAUGACUCAAUUUGA